AUGAAUUAAAGGAUUUUUGAUUACACUAAAUCAGCAUCUAAGCGAUUAAAAAGCCCAAGAAUUUUCAAAACUGAAGCCAAUUAUUAGUACCAUAGUAGAGAUAACAAAAAUGAUAACUAAAAUAAAGCGAAAUCAUUUAUAAAUGAUAGGCCUGUUUAGGGAUAGAGAGAUUAGAGUGAGAAACAAUAUUAGAUAACAAAAAAUCGAUUGACUGUUAAUAAUUAUUCAUAACAAAGCAGGUAAUAAUUAAACAACACUCACAAUAAAUACAACUCCUUUUUGGACUCUAUCAUGAAACUAAAUAAAUCAAAAGAAAUAAAUAGAAUACCAAUCAGAUCUCGAAAAUAAUUGUGGCAUAAUUAUGUAAGUAAAUAUCUCACUUAAACAAAAAAGGUUAAUCCAGAUUCUUCAGUUCCUGAGAGAAGAGUUCAUAGUCAAAUUAACAUUUUAAAAGCAGAGGAAAUCUAUAAUAAAAAUAGAUCAACGGCUUCUUUAUGUAGUUUUGAAUCUCAAGAUAAUCUUCAAUUAAAUCUAAAAUAUACUCAUAAAACCAGAUAAGGUUAAAUAGCAAAUAACCCUACCAAAGUAAACUAAGACAUAUUCUAUUGUUAAACUAAUCUCGUCGAGAAUUUACAUUUAUUUUUUGUAUGUGAUGGACAUGGACAAAAUGGACAAUUUGUGUCCAAUUUCAUCUAAACUAAUUUGCCAAAUAGCAUUCGAAGAGAUAAAUUAUCAUAAUAAUCUCAUCAAAUAAAAGAAACACUUCAGAAAUCCAUCUAAAACAUCUCUGUUAAUGUAAACAAAUAAUCUUUUGAUACAAAUUUUAGUGGUUCUACAUUGAAUGGUAUAAUAUUGUAAGAAAAUGGUAAAAUACAUUCAUUUAAUGUUGGCGAUAGUAGAACAGUCAUUGGGAAAUUCAUAGGAUAUGGUUCUAAAUUUAAACCUUAUUAAUUAUCAGUUGAUCAUAAAUUAACCAUUAAAAAAGAGUAAUAUAGAGUAAUUUCAUCAGGAGGUAAAAUAGAUACAUUCUAUGACUAAAAUGGUAAUCCAAUUGGACCAAUGAGAGUUUGGGUAAAUGGAACCCAAUAUCCAGGUUUAGCUAUGAGUAGAAGUAUAGGAGACUAAGUAGCCUAAUCGAUUGGAGUUAGCAGUGUUCCAGAUAUUGUUGAAUAUUAAUUGGGAUCUAAUGAUAAAUUUAUCAUUAUAGCCUCAGAUGGAAUAUGGGAGUUCUUAGAUAAUUAGAUAAUCGUUGAUAUUAUUGGAAAAUACUACUAACAAAAUAAUAUUGAAGGAGCUAGUGAAGAAUUGAUGAGGGUUGCAUAUAGAAUGUGGACGAUAGAUGAUGACUCAGUUAUUGAUGAUAUCACUUUUAUAAUAAUAUUUAUUUAGAAUUAAUGA